UUUUAAAGAAUUUAAAUAAAGCUGCUCUGCUAAAUGUUAAUUUGAUGCCAAGUGCAGCCUUUCGGAACAGUUUGGAAUAACUUCACAAUGCGGGAAUUGUUCUGAGCUGUGAUUAUCCACGGAUGGACCUGGUGACAAUCGGCUGAGACAUCAUUUACAAUCCGCGGUGAGACUGACGAGGCGGGACCGCAGACGGGAUGGUGGAGCGGUCGGACCGAGCACCUCUGCUGGACUGGGAGGAGGUUCCGUCCGCGGAGAAGCCCGGCGGUGCGGCACCGGCGGCAUCUCACGCGAAGGACCGACUGUCGAGCCCCUCCAACAGCCGUGCCUUAUCGGGAUGCUCCGCGCCGGGGUUUGGGUGGAGCAGCGGUCCGGGGGGUCCCACUCCUAGCAAGUCUGUCUCCAGCUCAGACGGCUGCAGCACCCCGCCCGCGACCUCUAGCACCCCGGCGGGCACGGCGGAGGGGCUGCGUACCGACAAGGAGGAGCAUCUGUCGGAUUCAGGACCGAGGGAGGUGUCGCUGGAAGACACGAUGGUGAAAUGGGAGGAAAAGGACCAGAUUGUGUCGGUUUUUGUGGUUACAUUCAAUACCAGAUCAGGAAACAUGCUGGAGUGGUGUCUGCCCAAAGACAUGGACCUGGAGGGAGUGGAGUUCAAAGCCAUCGCCAGCGGCUCCCACCGAGUCUCCACAGACUUCAUCUACUUCCGGAAGGGCUGCUACUUUGGCCUGGCCUGCUUUGCCAACAUGGCGGUGGAGAGCACGGUGGAGAGGGGGGCGAGGAUGAAGUCGGUAGGGAUCCUGUCUCCUUCCUACACCCUGCUCUAUCGCUACAUGAGCUUCCUGGAGCACCAGGUCAGGCUCCAGCUCCAGUCCCCAGGCCACUACUCUCCUCUAGAGGCCUUCUAUGAGGACAAGAGAGCGCUCCUGCCCCCCAGUGGAGAUGGUGUUGUUACUGCAUGUCCAGUCAACGCCUGGGGAGCUGCAAUCAACCACAGCAUGCACCCGGAGAUGAAGAUCACCCACCCUGCAGGCUGUAUGUCCCAGUUCAUCCGCUUCUUUGGGGAGCAGAUCAUGGUCCUGUGGAAACUGGCUCUCCUCCGCAGACGCAUCCUCAUCUUCUCCCCUCCUCCCGUGGGUGUGGUCUGCUACAGGGUGUACUGCUGCUGUUGCCUGGCAAACAUCUCCAUCCCCGGGGUCAGCGUGGCUGUGCCUGAGUUCCACCCCUUCUUCUAUGUCAAUGUGGCUGACAUCAGCGCCCUGGAGAACGAGCUCUCCUAUGUAGCGUGUACUACUGAGAAGAUCUUUGAGGAGAAGAAGGAUCUCUACGAUGUGUAUGUAGACAAUCAGAAUGUAAAAACCUACAGAGACGGCCUGAAGCCUCUGCUCCGCCUCAGUACCGCAGACCGGGAGAAGUAUCGCAAACUCACAGAGCAGAGGCAAAUGUUGCUGUACUCCCAGGAGGAGAAUGGAGACUGUGUGUCCAGUGAAGAGGAUCUCUUUAUUCUGUUUUUCCUGGAGCAGAACAACCGAAUUUUCCAGACCCUGAGCGAAGUGGCAGGGAGCCCCGAUCCCACUUUGACGCAGGAGAGUGUGAGAGCCAUGGGUCUGGAUCCGCAUGGAGACAGGCUCUUUCUGCUCCACCUGCUGGAGAUUUAUGGCUACGACACCCUGCUGGUGUCAGAGCAGCUCUGCUGCAGCUGAGACUCAACAGACGGUUAGUUUUUCUGCUUGUCAUCACUGCUGGUUUUAAAAGGGAGUUGAUUUGCCUUGAGCCGACUCUGUGUGCCGCACUGCUGGCUUCUUGGGAGUCUUCAGGACCGUUUGAGCCUCCAGAAAUUUCUCUGGUUUAACUUCUUCGUUGUACUUCUCCCCAUCCUUCUUUUGAUCACCGUGGUUCUGCUCCCUCACAACCUGAUGGGCAAGAGCAACAAUAACAGUCAGCUCCAGUGAGUAAUGUGAUCAGUCCUGCUCGAUAAAGCGUCACAGAGAUAAACUCACCGCUGAGAUGGAUUUCUCACUCCACAGCAGGAUUAAUUCUUCUCGAGGAAUGUACAGUACUGGGGACAUUAAGUUGAACGGCAGAGCAGAAGACGUCUUCUGAGAUCAAAUUAGGGGUUUGGAGAUUUUCAGCAAACAAAACGUGUACUGAUGAUUAAUGUAUGAAAGUGAAAGAGAGGUAGCUUUUCUGUAAAUAAUCCCAAUUCUCUCCUUUGUGUACAGUGUGUCAGCGUAUGUGUGAUACGGGGUCCGACUCUCUGCCAGUGUUGCUUAUCCUUUGAUCAAGUGCUGGAUUUUAAACAUCCCAUUAUAAGCCUCUAUAUCCAAAUCAGGGCCUCCUUUCUUGAAAUGUGUCAAUACAAGCAGGUCUAACCGCCUUUGUCUUCUAGAGCCAUGUCUGUAACCACUGCUGUUAAAGUGGGAAACGACCAGUUGAUGGAUUUGGCCCAUUCAGUAUUUCCAUUUAAUGUCAAAACUGAAGAUAUUGUUUGUUGGUUUGUUUUUGCCUAUGCUGAAACCAAAUCAGAUUUUCAAAGGAUGUCCAACAGGCAAAGACAUGUAGAAACAAAUGGCUUGUAUGUUUUCUGAUUGUCAGCUGGACCUGUAUUUCAAAAUAAGCUGUUACACAAAUAGUCUGAACACUAUUUAAAAUUUUAUGCUUUUGUCAAAGGUCCAAUUAUCUUAUCAGAUUUGCUGUCAAGAGAAAGAAAGACAGCGAGUUGACUCACGUCUUUAGUAGAUUUUCUCAUUUUUAACUGCAGAAGGAAAGGGCACAAGUCUGUACCUAUAAAAUAUCAUUUCAGUUUCUCCCACAGAAAAACAGGAAGGUAUCUUAACAUGUGAUGUUGUUACAUGAGGCAACAUGUCACUUAAAAGAAACAAGAUCACGAUCAAGUUUCUUUGUUUUUGCGAGAUGAAGUGAGAAACUUAAAGCGGCUAUAAUCCAUGUUUUAUCAAAUGACAAUGUGAAAACAAUGUGACAGUGUGAAAGGCGUCAGCUGUGGUGACGAGCCUACAGAGAACUGUCGUCUGAAUCUGGAGCUGGUUUCAGCUCAAUGCUUAGCUCGGCCCGCUCGGUUGUUCAGCUUCUAGCUGUUCAACAUUUUUCACCAGUUACCUGCUAACUUCACGUCUGCUGUUUAGUGCUGUAUAGGUGCCUCACAUUCUAAAUACAACAAUGCUGGGAAUGUAGUCGAUGAGAACAGUGAGACUGAGCCAUAGAGUAAACAUCCCGUAAACCCACGACUAGAGAAGAAGCUAAAAAGCUCCACAGAGCAUCAGAGAUUUGUGAUAAUUCUCUGCGGGUUUGUCAGAAACAGCAGCUCCUUUCACAUUACAGGUGGUCAUUUGAUUUAUGUCAGUAUAAAAAAAAAAAAAAAAAAUUAUUAAUGCAGC